ACUCCUCGCGCAUCUCCAACAAGCGGCGCUGCUCGUGUCACAGCAGCAGCAGCGGCGGCGGCAGCGGAGAUCGAGGACGGCGCGAACGAUGAUGGCGACCGUCAAAGCGAUUCUUUAACAGGAAAGAAAGAACAAAAAAAACCAUCCACCUUCCGCCGUCGAAGCCAGCUCCACAAUGGAAGGACACGACGUUCCCGACCAAGAGCAACUCUUGCAGUUUCUGAGGAGGCUCAAGGAGGUUUUCGACGUGUGCGACGAGGAUGCUGACGGCUUCAUCCGGGUGGAGCACUUGGUGGACCUCGGUCUUCAGUUCGGUCAAGGAGACGAGGUGAAGAAGUUAACCAGGUACCUGGAUCCUAACGCUCAUGGGAAGGUCAACUUCAAAGACUUUUGCCACGGAGUGUUCGCCAUUAAAGGUUGUGAGGAGAUCCUGAAGAUGGCUGUGGGUCCUCGCGGUGUUUCCUCCAGCCAGUCUGUGACUGACAAUGGUUACAUUUACCAGAACGGUGAGGCCAAGCUGGGCCCCCCCAUUAUCAUGUACACGCGCUCCUACCCAGACUGCAGCGUGUACGGCGAGGGCUGCAGCGCCGACGGGGAGUGCGACAUGGACAGCAGUGCCGAAAACAGCAAUGGCUGCGACUCUUUGGAUCCGAGGCGGCGAGACGGCCACCUGAUUGGCUCGGCGUCUGCGUCUGUCAUCUCCGGGGAGGAGCAGUUUGAGGACUAUGGGGAGGGGGAGGAUGUGGAUUUUACUCCCAGCAGUCCUUGCCCUGAAGAGGACACCCGAACGAAUGGCUUCUCAGACCUGGGAUCCUCCCUUCCCUCCAGUGCUGUGCAGACUCCUCAGAAGAUGCAGCAGCUGUAUAACAGCGAGCUGCUGGACAUCUACUGCUCUCAGUGCUGCAAGAAAGUGAACCUGCUCAACGACCUGGAGGCUCGACUUCGAAACCUCAAGGCCAACAGCCCGAACAGAAAGAUUACUAGCACAGCAUUUGGACGUCAGCUGUUCCAGGCCAACCACAGUGUGUUUGGGUCCAGCCAGGGAAGCAGCACAGAGGAUCUGUUCACGGACAGCAUCGACUCCUGCGACCUCGACAUCACAGAGAAAGUCAGUUAUCUGGAGAAGAAGGUGACGGAGCUGGAGAGCGACAGUCUGGCCAACGGUGACCUCAAAUCUAAACUCAAGCACGAGAACACACAACUUGUGCACAGGGUGCACGAGCUGGAGGAGCAGGUGAAGGACGCAGAGGCGAGGGCGGAUCAGAGUCUGGAGGAGGAGACCAAGAGGCACCGGGAGGCUUUCAGCAAGAUGGACCGGGACAGGAAUGGGGAGAUAGAUCUGCUCUGUAACAGGGUACAGCUGUUAGAAGAGGAGAAUGGAGAGAUGAAGUUGAACGUGUGCAGACUCAAGUCGCAGACUGAGAAACUGGACCAGGAGAAGCAGAGGAUGACGGACAAGCUCGAGGACACUGGCCUGAGGCUGAAAGAUGAGAUGGACCUCUACCGGAAGAUAAUGGACAAGCUCUGGCAAAACCGCCAUGAGUUUCAGAAGGAAAAGGAGGCCAUGCAGGAGUUGAUCGAUGACCUCCGCCGGGAGCUGGAGUAUUUGCAGUUGUUUAAGCUGGAGCUGGAGCAUCCAGGAGAGGGCAGGGGGCUCUCUGAGUUCAACGUCAGGACCAGAGAGAUCGAAAUGGAGCACGAAGUCAAGAGACUGAAACAGGAGAACCACAAGCUGCGGGAUCAGAACGACGACCUGAACGCUCAAAUUCUCAGUCUGAGUUUGUACGAGGCCAAGAACCUGUUUGCCUGUCACACCAAGGCCCAGUGCCUGGCAGCCGAGAUCGACAACGCGUCCAGGGACGAGCUGGUCGACGCUUUGAAGCAUCAGGAGGAGAUCAACCUGCGUCUGAGGCAGUACAUGGACAAAAUCAUUCUGGCCAUUCUCGACCACAACCCCUCCAUCCUGGAGAUCAAGAGUUAAACGUCACACACACACACAAACACACACACACACACACAAGCUUGUGUUUCUGUAGUUGUGGGGACCGUCAGCUGAAAUAUUAGCUUGUACCUUAAAGUUGUAAUCCUUUAUGAUUUUAGCCCAACAAAGUCAUGUUGAUGUGGAUAAAGAAGUCAGUGAAUGAUGGUAGCAUGAGAACAUGCUGCGUACUCCCAUGUCUUGUUUUGUGCCGACCAUGAAUACUAUCAAAGGUCUAAGGGAUUAUAACUUUAAACCGGAGCCCAUAUUCUGAAUGUCCUAAAUGUUCUCACUCCUUAUGACUGACCGCACACAAAUAUAUAUCUACUCCACUGAAACAGGCGGUCUAAAUAUCCACUAGAACCAAACGCUUGUUUAUGAUGCAGUCUGUCAAUCACUGUAGAACUGCUGUGCCAGACUUUAAAAAUAUUUGGUUACACACACUUUGUUUGUCAUAGAGACAGUAACAGUUACUGAAUAUAACCGGGCUGCCACCCACUGAAACUGAUGCUAGAUUCAAGGAGUGCAGGACAUAAAACAAUUAUCGCUUUUAAAGGGCCGUACCAGUGUUUUACCAAAGCAUUCCAAAAAUGUUUUGAAUUUAGAAAUUCAAUUUUUUAUUACCAUCUUUAAACAUUCAUUUCAGGCAAUAUGGAAAUGGAUAUUAAAAUGCAAGUUGACUUUCAUACUGUGUGGGGACGAAUUGAACACUUUCGGGGAUUUGGCGCUUAUUCGCUUACUUUCCCGAGUGUUAGACGAGAAGAUUGACAGCAGCUUCGUAUCCGCUUGUCCAAUACGGCGCUGGUUCAAUACGACGCUGGAGUCGGGACACGGUUAGCUUAGCGUAGCAUAAAGCCUGAAAGUUCCGAAAUACCCCACUAAGGAUCAACAAUUAACAGGUUGUGUGUAGUUUGUUUGUUCUAUACACAAACAGAAAUGUAAAACAAUAGGUAGUAGUGUCAGUUAAGUUGUGUUUAUUUUUGAACUACUUCUUUAAAAAAAAAAGACAAAUCUGAAAUAAAAGACAUGGUUAAAUGGUCAAACAUUUGUAGUAUUUGUGUAUAUAGAGUAAAUGGCCACAACAUGCAUAAACACUGACAUGAGCCCUUUAAGUGACAACCUAACCAAACAACUUUGAACCCUUUAAUUUGGCUGUCUCGUCGCAACUGAAUGUCCACAUGAUUCAUAUACGCUGUAUACUAUACAACAAAUACAUCUCUAGUUGUCAAUAACUGUCAUUGAGCCUUUUGUUCCUGAAGACCAAUCACGAUAAAGGUAUUUUUUUUUAAGGUGCCAAGAGCCAACAUUAUGUGCCAAAUCUGAACAUUUCACCAUUUUUACGGACAGAAAUGGUUGGAGGGUGUCGUGCAAAAAGACAUCUCUCUCUCGAAAUGCAACAAAUGUGUCGCUAUGAAAUGUCCACAAGAAUGCACACGUUGCUACUGACACUAUAAUCACUGAUGUAUUCAGUAGGGUUAUUUACAAACCGGUAUUAGAAAUACUGUACUAAUACUGUGUACUUUGCAGUGUUCUAUAGAAGAAGAAAGCACUUCCCAUAAGCAACCUACUGAUUUAAAACAGGGAAUCUGUUGAUUUCUGCACUGCCUUCAGUGACUUUGUGAAUUAGGAAAACCACUUUAUUCUACCUUUGCUGUAAAUUAGUCUCACUCUAAAUGUCACCUAAAUAUAUAACUUGAAUAUCAUUUCACACUUGCUUCUUCCACCCACAGUGGGACCUGGAUGAGCUCGCCAAACGCAGUAAUGAGCUCCUGUAGUGAGCACUGUUUAGUUUUGCUCCAUUGCACAAAUUGUUCACUUAGGGAUUUUGUUUCAUACUUGAUUUGCUUGUUCUUUCACUUGUUUUUUUGUGCGUUUGCAUACGAGGUAUGACAAUUAUUAUCGUCCAUCGUUGCCAUUUUGAGUGAUUUUUCUUUUUUUCUAUUGACAUUUUAACUUUAAAACACAUUAUUUGCGAUUUCAUACAUUGUAAAUGUUGUACAGAAUCUAGUUACUAAUUAUGUGCAAGUCAUUUUGCUUAUUAAGAAGUCUCUUAGAGUUUUGACACAAAAUAAGAAAUAUGUGUUGUAGAAUAUAAUAUGAAGUAAAUAAUAUAUAGCACAUGUAAAAGUGGCAUAGCCAAAGUAUUUAACAGGAAUAUUAUUGAACAUGAUGGGAGAAAAAAAAAAAAAAGAUCAUAGUCAGUCACACCUGUGUUCACUUUGACUUAUUUUUCUUGUGUAUCGCACAUGGAAUUGUGGGUGACCAUGUUGUAGAAAGUAAAUAAAAUCCAUUGGCUUUGGCAUGACGA